AACUCCCCAGCGCCGCGGCUGUGAUAGGCAGAGAGAGCAAUAGGGAGAAAUGAGUAAGAGCUGAAAUAGUGUACGGCAUAAUUCCUGCUCUGUGAUCACAGAUACUCCAAGUGCAAAAAAACAGGAGAGGGGGCAGAGAGAGGCGGUAAUCAGCUCAACCUUUGUAACCGGCUCAGGACAGAACGUCUAUAGAUAUUUAUAGAUAUUAAAACAAAACCAACAACCUUACCCUGAAUAGAGCCUUUCUUAAAAAGAAGGUCCUGGCAAUUCUGUCUUAUUUAAGCAAUUUCCUGAGUCUAAGAAUAGAAAUGAGCUGCCUGGAAGGCACUGCAGGCUGAAAUUUGGAGACAUAGGCUGCUUUAUUUUAUUUUUCCAAGUAUAAAAACCUUCCCUUUGGAUACUGGAUUUUCAUGUCGGUCUUUGAAGCGGAGGGAUGUAUGGUUACUUUUAAUUUUACUUUUUUAAUUUUCUCUCUCAUUUAAUUUAAAAAAACUGUCUUCCAGUUAAAAAGCAAGGAAACCGUUUUACCUGCAUGUGACAAUCCCAGAGGACACCGAUCAAGAAACAGGGGAGUGACUUGGUCUUCUGCACUACUUUACUCCUACCCCAAUUUUUUUUUUACGGGGAAAGAAGGAUUUUUUUCCAGUCCAAGAAUCUCUUGCCCCCAAGUUUUGGAAGGGGGUUGAAGACUGGUCACCCAUCUGGGGGUGCAUGAAGGGUGUUGGUUCUCUGUUAACUUGGUCUUGUGAAGGGCUGGAAGAGAAUUUUGCCUUCCUGACUUGCCUGGAACACGAGGAUGAUUUGGAAAUGGCUGGGCGCUUUGCUGCUUUUCCCCGUGCAGAUGGUUUAUUUGGUGGUGAAAGCUGCCGUGUGCAUGGUGCUGCCGCCCAAGCUCCGAGACCUGUCCGGGGACAACGUGCUCGUCACCGGCGGGGGCAGAGGCAUCGGCCGCCACCUGGCCAGGGAGUUUGCGAAGCGGGGAGCCAGAAAGAUCAUCCUGUGGGGUCGAACUGAGAAAUGCCUGAAGGAGACCACAGAGGAAAUCAGGAUGAUGGGGACAGAAUGCCAUUAUUUCAUUUGUGAUGUAGGAAAUCGAGAGGAGGUCUAUCGGCAAGCCAAAGCUGUGCGGGAAAAGGUGGGUGAUAUCACUAUCCUGGUGAACAAUGCUGCUGUGGUCCAUGGUAAGAGCCUGAUGGACAGCGAUGAUGACGCACUGCUCAAAUCACAACAUAUAAACACCCUGGGACAGUUCUGGACCACCAAAGCAUUCCUGCCAAGGAUGCUGGAGUUGCAGAAUGGACACAUUGUUUGCCUGAACUCUGUCCUGGCCUUGUCAGCCAUCCCUGGUGCCAUUGACUAUUGCACCUCCAAAGCCUCGUCCUUUGCCUUUAUGGAAAGCCUGACCCUGGGGCUGCUAGACUGUCCCGGAGUGAAUGCCACAACAGUCCUGCCCUUCCACACCAGCACAGAGAUGUUUCAGGGCAUGAGAAUCAGGUUCCCUAAUCUUUUUCCUCCUCUCAAGCCAGAGACGGUGGCUAGGAGGACGGUAGAAGCUGUUCAGAUGAAUCAAGCCUUCCUGCUCCUUCCAUGGACAAUGCAUGUUCUUGUCAUCCUAAAAAGCAUUCUCCCUCAGGCAGCACUUGAAGAAAUCCACAAGUUUUCGGGGAGCUACACCUGCAUGAACACUUUUAAAGGACGAACAUAGACUUGAUGGUGCAAGGACUAUUCUUCAGUGAAACCAACACAAGCAUGAAAACCCUGACAAGACUGUGAAUCAGCAGGCUUGGCUUUCAGCCUGUUCAUGUGACUUGUGCUGCUCUGAGGCAACACAUUUCUUGCAGGUCAUAUCCAUAGUAACACGACCUUUGCACAGGAUUCAAGGACUAGACUAUGGACCCUUGGAAAGAAAAACAAAAAGUGUGAAAUGUUUAUAUGAUGUUUAAUUCUUUAGAGUUCAAUUGUUAAAUCUACUCACAGUUUUAAGAUGUAAUUUUUGUUUCUGAAGUGUCUGUAGGCUGUCUCAGCUGAGAGGCAGCACAUCACACCCCAUACAUGCUUUAUCCCCUCUCUUCAGAGGAACUGCAAUUACAAACUGCCCCUUGGUUUCAUUUCAGCUUUUCGGAUGGGGAACUUAAAAAAUAAUUUGAAGAACUAAAAGUUACAGACAUUUAAUGGAAGCUUCUUUCCCUUUCUUCACUUUACAUGCCUUGAUGAAGCUGCUCCCAACUCACAUCAGGGAAGGAGCAAACGAUGGAGCAGUGUUUUCUUUGUUAAAGGCCACCCAGGACUUCUGUCUGGAAGGACUGUGCUGUGCCUAAGCAAGCUGUCUUACUUCACCUGUGAAGGCUGGAGAGGAAUGCUCAGUCAGAGAGCAGACAGUUUGAAUAGUGGAAGAUUCUUUCUGUCACUGAACUCAUAUAUGAAAUUUAAUUGUCUUUCUGAAUAUUUUUGUUCAUUUAUGAUAAAAAAUAUAUAUAUUUUUAGCAUUAAUCCCAGAUUGCCACGCAUGUAGGCAGCAUCACAUUGGGAAUGAACUAAAUCUAGACCUAAAACUAGAGCCUGCUUGUACAAACAUACAAUCACUGACAUAAUCCAUGCAGAAGAAAAUCCAUUGUAUCGAUCUGCAGAGUGAAGUAAGUGGAAUAAUGCUCUAAGAAGAGACACUAGUGUAGUGCUCAUGAAAUGUGAAGUUUGGAAGCACAGUUAGCAACGACCUGAUUAAAUGCACGUUGAAUUCAACUGGGAAUAUACCCAUUGUUUUUUAGGGGCAUUGAAUCAGGCACUGAUCAGCCAAAAGUGAUAAAUACUGCUUGGACUGAAAUGCCAGAAGCAGCUAGACAUUAUUUAUUUUUGUAAUGAUAUAUUCUCUUUGAUAGCCUAGUAAGAGCAACACUGCAUUCCGAUGCCAGACGCAGUGUGCAGCACUAGGCAUAGCGGCGUAGCUGAAACAUAUUGGAACACUACUAAAAGAGGAAUUAAUAUAAUUGCAAUACAGGAAAGUAGCAAGCCUAACUCGAGAACACCUGAAUGAAGCACCUUGAGGAAGGCCACGUGGUUAAAGUAAAGGAGUGAAUUUAGGGCUCCUGACUUGAAUUUCAAGCUUUUCCAUAGAUGUCCUGUGUGACCUGGGGCAAACUGCAUCAUUUCAAGGUGCACCCUGACCUGCAAAGCAGAUAUUUCUAGUGUUUCCCUACCUCAAAAGUUGAAAGUCUCACUACUUAAAUGUUUGUCAAAAGCUCAGCAAAUUCAAAUGGAACAUGCUAUAGAAAGGAAAAGCAGUAUUUAUUCAUAAACCAACAGGUUCUAUACAAAAAUUUAGAAGAUGAAAAAACGCAUAUGCCAAAAUGUAUAAUUUCCUAAAAGAACUCUGAAUUACAGCCGAAAAGAUGUGAGCUCUAUUUAGAAUAUUUCUUUGCUUCUGUCAUGUAGAAGGGAGACCAACUGCUUGGGUGCAAUGAUGUCAGUGUUAAAAUCUGAAGGUCUGGACCUUACUGCAAAUCAGCAGAUACAUUUCUUCUUGAGCAUUUCAAGGGGAAGACAUUGCCAAAGUGCCAUGGGUGCAAGCCACUUUGCCCACAUGGGUGUUUUGAGGAGCUCUCAUGUCUGGGUCAGUGCUUUCCUCCUGAGUUCAGAACAUACAAGCUGUAGCACUGUGCCAGCUCUGAAAAGGUUUCUUACAAUGGAGUUUUGUUUUGAAUUCCUAGAUGUCUGGGGCUCUCUGGAGAGGAUGAAAAGGAACUUUGAUCUCUGUGGUUUUGACGCCCACCCUAAUAGAUGCUUUCAGCUUUAUUUUUUGUCAAUUUUUUGAGAAGUAGUCCAGUUUGCUGAAAACACAAGUGCAAGGAGUGUAGAACCCUUCCAGAAUCUGCCAGGAAUACUGAAGGUAGCAUAUUUAUCAAGAGACACUUGAGAGAGGAAGGGAUGAUUAUACAUACCUCCCCUUAUGCCCUCUAAUCCUUUCUAGUUUUUCAUUAAUCACACUCAGGCAUGCCAGGCUUGUAGAUGCAAGAGCAAACAGAAUUGGUAAAAGAGGGCACCCUGUGGUGUCCCCUGUAAAUUAAACCUUUAUGCUGAGAUUCUAUUCAUUGAUAACACCCUAAUGCAAAAGUGAGGUAAAAACUAGUACACACAUUGAAAUUAAGUCUCCACUCAUCCCCAAAUCCUGUCCCUUCGAUGAAUCUGCUCCUUUCCUGCACUGCAUAAAAGAUGUUCCCUAUCUUCAGAAGUUGUCUCACACAUUAAGUGCUGUUGAUUUCUUGCUAAUGAAUAUAAACAAAUCAGAAUGUAGCUGAGACACUCAUGGUCUCACUCCUCACAUACACACACGCACACACUUCCCUCUCCCUUUCCCUCAGGGUCUCUGAGCGGACAGCAGGUCAAAUAGCAGUCACAGUGGGGGAGAGGUAUGCAGCAAACAGAAAUAACGAGGAAAACAUUGACUUUGCUUUUCAGAUAGUAGGCAGAGUUGGGUAAGAGUUUCUUCUCUUGCGAGUGAUGCGAGAUAGAAUGCUCUCCAUCCAGUGAGCUACUUGCAGAUUUGGAUGGAUACAUUUGAAGACUUUUUUUUCAUAGAAAGGCUCCUCUGGAAUGCCUGCUGAGGUCUGCUGUCCCUUCUCACAUAAGGUUAGUAUUGGGUAAUCUUAAAGUGCUGCAAAUGUUGACAAGCUUUGUUGAAGCCUAAGGCCUUCUCAAAGGAAUUUCCGCCCUUUGACUUAUUUUAAUUUUGGUUUCCCCUGCUCUCUCCACUGCCUCCUGCUUUCCACGUCACAAUUAUUUUUUUUUCCUUCUGUUUUCCUAUGUCAUUACUGCACUUUUCAGUGCCACCAUCUUGAAGCCAGAUGUCAUACAAAGAGUCUGGAGUAAAUCAAAAUCGGGGUGUAUAUUAUCCUGCUGAAGGAAUCUAGGUGAAGUUGUCAAAGCAGAUCAUAGAAGUUUCAUAUGAAAUUAGUUUUACUUGCUCCAAUCUAUGAAGAAGACCCCUUAAUAUCAUUUUUAUUCAGGAGAUUGCUGCUGUUUUAAAAUUUGAAUGAGAGAGAAAUGUUAGCCAUUUUGGGACAUACGUUCUCCUGACAUAAAAAGACCCUAUUUAAAUGGGAGGAAUUUUCAGUUCCAGGUUCUUUCAGAGGCUGUUUUUUGCACAAAGUGAUUUUCAAAAUUAGCGAGGCAGGGCAGGGAGAGGAGGAGUCCUUUGUAAGUAAACCUGAUUCUUCAUGUUCAAUAUUUGAUUUUGCAUUUUGGUUUUGAUGAGAAAAAAAACACCCCAUGUUCCCUCAUGCACCCUUAAAAAUGUCCUUGCAUAUCCCUGCUGAUGUCACGUUUUUAGCAGGAUGAAGAAAAGGUGUGAGCCCUGAAAGUGGGAACUAUACCCUACCUAUCCAUUGUUCUGUUGAGGUUAAAAAGUGAUGGAGUCCAGCCUAUAGCUCUUCUAGAACUUCACAGAAAGUGCCUGGGCAAGUGAUUCUGAUGUUUGCAAAGAGAAACCUGUACUUUUAUGUAAUGUGUUAAUUAGUGUGGGUGGAUAUGAUCAGAUCUAGCCUUGCAAGCCUUUCAGACAACUCCCUGAACACUCCCACCUUCAGAUAUUAACAGAUAGCACUGCACUUGCCAAAUCUCAUAAAAACCUAGUAACAGACUUAAUGCAGGCAGAGCAUAAGUGGGUGCAUUUAUUUCAAAGAGAACACAUCUGUUUGUAGCAGACAUUAAUUUGGCCUAGUAUGUUCCUCUAGCUCAAAUGCAACUGUUGAGGAAAAGAAUACAGGAUGACCUUGGAUCAUCUAUUGUUGUUUUUCUUUCUUCAUGUGGCUUUAAUAAACUUAAUCUGGGUGACAGCCACUUUUCGACAGCACUUGUUCAUAAAUUUGGGGGUAAAGCAAGGUGAUGUCACAUGUAAUCUUUUGCAUUUUUCACCAAAUAACUGACAGCCCUGAGAAUAUUCUGCACUGUGUAGCUCUCGCCUCCCUGGUACUAAGAUCCUUCAACCUGGUAUUGCUUCUUCGCCGUUUGGAGACUGAGCAAAACCUGUCAGUCACAAGCAGCAGUUACAUUCUCUAGUGAACAGAAUCCUUUGUUAGAGUGCUUUUCUGGAGGAGAUCUUGUGAUAUGAAUAGUGGCUAGCACCUCUCACAGACUUCAGCAACUAAUUUGAAGAAAGACAUGAAGAAAACCAGAACUUCACCUUCUCACUGCUACUCAUUCUCUUUUAUCCAGUGUUUCUGAGAGGGAGCUGGCAAGUCAGUCACUUUGCUGACUGAUAAACUGCCCCUCUUCCCACCCUCUAUUCUGCUAAGAUUGCCUCUGUAGCUUUCUUCAAUAACUUCAGGGAGUUGACAGCUUCAUCAGAAACAACCCUUUCUGUACUCUUGAGGAGAGGCAGAUCAGCAAGGUAAUGUGUUAGAGAGAAGACCAGACUGGAUUGAUGGGACUGAGGUACACCAGCCUGUAGACUACAGAUGGAAGACACAAGACACAACUUGAAUGUUGCCAGUACCAUGGAAGGCAGUGAAUUCCCCCUGCUCCUGACAUCUUUUCUUAUAACACCCUCUUUUGUUUCUGUAACAGAUCUCCCAAACUUGUGCUUUACCAGAAACACAUACUGGUCCAGCCUGUGUGGACUGGAUACAACUGAAAAGCAUAGACCUCUAAGGAGACAGUUUAUAUCUUCACACCUUCCCAAAGAGUCCAAACUUACUAGUGCCUUAUACUCACCUUUGCUAUGAGUGUUGUGACAUAUUAAUGCAGAAAAAAAAAAAAUCAAGGCAAAUGUAUAUGCUGAUUUUUCUGCAUAAAUCUAGAAAAAGAACAGUUCCUCCUUAAAUGAGGGAAGAGAGCACUAUGAUUUGAGCUUGAGGGACUGAAGAGUAAGUAUAUAAGAAAACAACAUAGAGGAUAGAUGGAAUCUUAAGGGGAGUGUGGUGGCCCUAAAGAAACAGAGGUGAGAUGCCACCUUCUAUCCUGAAGAGAUUCCACGUUCUAUUAUAGAGGCAUGUGAUUUCCAUCCUAAUACCGUCUAUGAAAGAAGCAUGUUGUUACUGCUGCUCAUUCCUUUGGGUCACUAUGCCCCAAGAAGCAGUCCAUUUACUUUGUAGCGUGCUGGCUCAGAACACCCUAAUAUGUCAGUUACUGUUUGGUGUCUCUUUUUUUUUUGAGGAAGGGCAAGCAACCCAUACAUGUGAAAACAAGGAAGGGACAGUUUGAGUCACCACUCCCUUUCUCCUAGCCAGCUGCAGAGGUCACCCAUCAUGCCUAGGUAUUACAAGGACAUGUGGUUCUCAACCUUGUGUUAGUAAUCAACCUGACCCAGUGCUACUAGGUAGAUGUGGUUCAGUUUCCUGGGUUUUUUUCUUAUGCAAUUUUAUUUAUCUGAAGGAGUCACCACUGUGUUGUACAAGCUUUUCACAGGCAGGGCAUCCUAGGCAUGAGUUUUCUCUGUCUAUGUUAAUCAAGUGAUAAUGAAAAGAAUACAGAAGUGAAAAGUUGCUGUUUGACAUCUUCCCUAAGCAUCUUCUUCCCGAGCAAUGUGGAAUUAAUGUAGAAGAACACUGUUGGAAUAUCAGUGCCUUAAAUCUAGACAUCUCAGAAGCCUGCUGGCUUCUGUAUGAAAACGAUUCUGGCAUCCAGAAUUGACUUCCUACAUGUCCUCCGAGGCCAUCUGCACUGAGAUUGCUUACCUGAGCAAACCACUAGUGCGGUGCACUGGUACAGAGGAAGACUGCACGGAAAGCUGUGGUACUUAUAGUCACUGACCAAACUGAUUUAAACUUCUGGUCCUGCAAGCCACUUUAGAAAAAAAUAGAUUAAAGAAUGAGAUGACGUGUGAUAGCCAGUACAAAACCAAGUGCUGCAGCGAGGUCUCUAAUUGCCCUUCGGUGCCUGAGAGUAGCCUACGUGACUCCCAGAAGUCCUGCCUUAGAUUUGACCCCUGACUGGUUCCUUCCCUUGAACCACCAUGUGCCAACACUGGGCAUUGCUUCACCUUCCUGUUUUAGCACUAGGUGCUCUGGAGCACAGCCACCAGCUGCUGUUUUGGGCAUUGCUGCUGGUCUGAUGAGUGUUCCCAGAUCCUGUUCUGGCACAUUGCAGGAUUAACGUUAGCAGUAAAAAAAAAAGGAGGCAAUUCAUUGUUGUCUUUUCCAGGAAAAGAUUAGUGCCUUUAUGCAGAGAAGACUGAAAUAAAUGUGAUACAGCUUCUGGAAUAUUUUGGCUAUAGGAUAAAUGCUGUCGUAUGGAAUAAGGGUUUGUGAUAAAAAGGGCUCAUCUCAGAAGAGUGUCAACAGAAGGUGGAAAUGGUCAUAAUGGAAAACAAGUGGUAUCUGAACACACAGUUCCUCUUCCUGGGGCCUGCUGGGAAUGCUGAUUUCACAGAGACAUGUCAUAGCGCAGUCGGUUCACUCCCAUGAUCAUUAUACCCCCUGCAACUCCGCCUCUUGCAGUAAUGGCAGAGGUGACAAGCUCAUUGUCUCUGCUCUCUCAACUGUUGAAUGUAGCAAAAUAAGUGAUUUUUUUUUUUUU